GACGUCACGGCGCGGCGGCGCGCGGAGGUCACGGGCGAUGGCGGCGGCCGGAGGGUGCCGGAAAUGUCUCCUCAGUGGCCUGUGGCUGCUCUCCAGGCGUUAUCCCAUCCCUGCCUUCCCCAGGAGUUCCCUGCACAGGAUCAGCAGCCCUGCCCUGGGCACCCCUCAGUCCAGAUGCUACUCCUCGGGAGGAAGGAAGGGAUUCAUCUCAGGUUUUGUGGAGAACAUCAAACAGGAGUUGGCCAAAAACAAAGAGAUGAAGGAAAGCAUUAAAAAAUUCCGAGAUGAAGCAAAAAAGCUGGAGGAGUCGGACGCGCUGCGGGAAGCGAGGAGGAAAUAUAAAACCAUUGAAUCUGAAACAGUGAAGACCUCAGAAGUGAUUAAAAAGAAACUUGAAGAAAUAACAGGGACAGUUAAAGAGAGUUUGGAUGAGGUCAGCAGGAGCGACCUGGGCAGGAAGAUCAAGGAGGGGGUGGAGGAAGCUGCCAAAACGGCCAAACAGUCUGCAGAGUCGGUGACCAGGGGAGGGGAGAAGCUGGGCAGGACUGCAGCCUUCAAAGCCAUCUCCCAGGGAGUAGAAACUGUGAAGAAAGAAAUAGAUGAGAGUGUUUUGGGACAAACUGGUCCCUACAGACGCCCGGAGCGGCUCCGGAAGCGGACGGAAUAUUCCGGAGAGAGGAUUAAAGAGCAGCGAGUGUUUGAAGCCAAUGAGGAAGCCAUGGGCAUGGUGCUGCAUAAGGACUCCAAGUGGUACCAGCAGUGGAAAGAUUUCAAGGACAACAAUGUGGUUUUCAACAGGUUCUUUGAGAUGAAGAUGAAGUACGACGAGAGCGACAACGCCUUCAUCCGAGCGUCGCGCGCCGUCACCGACCGCGUCACCGACCUGAUAGGGGGAUUGUUCUCCAAGACAGAAAUGUCCGAGGUGCUGACGGAGAUCCUCAAGGUGGAUCCCUCCUUUGACAAGGAUCGCUUCCUGAAGCAGUGUGAGCGGGACAUCAUCCCCAACGUCCUGGAGGCUCUGAUCUCCGGAGAGCUCGACAUCCUCAAGGACUGGUGCUAUGAGGCCACCUACAGCCAGCUGGCCCAUCCCAUCCAGCAGGCCAAGGCUUUGGGGCUCCAGUUCCAUUCCAGGAUCCUGGACAUCGACAACAUCGACCUGGCCAUGGGGAAGAUGAUGGAGCAGGGGCCGGUGCUGAUCAUCACCUUCCAGGCCCAGGUGGUGAUGGUGAUCAAGAACCACCAAGGGGAGGUGGUGGAAGGGGACCCGGACAAGGUGCUGCGGAUGCUCUACGUGUGGGCCCUGUGCCGGGACCAGGACGAGCUGAACCCCUACAUGGCCUGGAGGCUGCUGGACAUUUCCUCCUCCAGCACGGAGCAGGUGCUCUGAGCAGGGCUGGGCUGGGCCCUUCCCACCCCUCUGGAAGCAGCUCCAGCCCGAAUUCCCCACGGGGAGCAGCCCAGGCUGGGGAUUUUGGGAGAGCUCCUGGUUAUCCCAAUCCCUGAGGAAUGGGAAUCCCUGCUCAGGAAUGGCUGGGACGAGCAGGUGCUGCUUUAUCCUGGUGCCUCGGGGGGCUCCUGGGAAGCCCACAGAGCUCUCAUUCCCACCUGCUGGCACCCUGGAGAUCCUUGGAAAGGCCUUGGAGGGGCUCCUGGCUGCCAAUCUCCUGCCCAGGCGCCAGCCCCGUGUCCCUGCCGUGUCUUGCACUUUCCCAAACCAAAUACAACCAGGACUUUGCACAUGGAGGUGUUGGAUCCUCAGGUUGGUGCUGGGAUGGGGCUGAUAUUUAAAUAUCCAGCGGUGAGAUUUGUUUAUCCACAGCUUGGCAGGGGGAAAGUUGUUGGUUCUGGUCACAAAGAGCCACAGCUGCAUCCCUUGGGGUGGUGGGGAAGGUGUGGGACAGGACAGGGAGUGUCUGAGGAGUGGAACUGCUUUGGGAACGCUGGAUUUUUCUGUCCCAUCCUGUCUCAUUCCCAAGAGGAAUGCUGUGCUCCUUGCUCAGCUCUCUGGGCUCGUCUGCUCCUCAAUCCCUGCACAGAUCCCAGGACCAGGAGCAGAAACCUCCCCAGUUUGCUGCUGGAGCAUGGGGUAAAAUCCCCUUUCAGGCCCAAUCUGAAAAAUGGGGUUUGAAAAUCCCAAAUCAUGGAAAAUUUUCCCCAAAUUCAGGUUCUAGUGGGGUUUGGGACUCUCUCCUUGAGCUUUGUGCUGCUGGGAGGAAGAGCAGGGGGCUGUCUGAGGGAGCAGGAACGGUGGAUUUGGGGGGUUUGGGGGCUGAGCAGGGGCCGAGGCACCACCUGCCCAUGGAAAGGGAGGUUGGGAAAAGGUUUGGAGAGGAAAUCCAAGGAUUGCUGUGGUGCUGAGGGCCUGCCAGUGUGAUUAAAGAGAAUAAUUCCA